UGGCUCCCUGCAUCAUUAGGCAUUGGCAGCAAGAAACAUCUAUCCAUUAGCGCGGGGCAAGCUCCUUAUCCGCGAAAAUGCCUACUGUAAUUCUGGGAGGAGGCAUUAUCGGCGCCUCGAUCGCCUACCAACUCACUGAAAAGCGGAAAUCAAAUGAAGAAAUCCAUAUUGUCGAAUCCGCAUCCACGUUAUUCAGCUCUGCGUCUGGAUAUGCAGCUGGUUUUCUUGCUAAGGACUAGUUUGCGCCAUCUCUCCUACCCCUCGGAAAGCUGUCGUUUGAUAUGCAUGGAUUGCUGGCUGCUGAACAUGGCGGCGACAAGAAAUGGGGAUAUAUGAAAGGUACAGCACUGAGUUUGGGAUCGACUAACGCAAGCUCCGGAGAGCCUUGUGGUCAUGACUGGUUGUUCUCUGGCACAAGCCGCGCAGAGACGGCCACAAGCGAACCUAUCCUCACAGAGGGUCCUGGGUGGUUGACAACACAAAAAGAGACUGCAUAUGAGCAGGUUGGUGACGAAACAACUGUUGCUCAGACUGACCCAUUACGACUAUCCCAAUUUCUCCUGGACCAGAGUCUCGCUCGUGGUGCUAAACUGCAUCAGCCUAGCAAAGCCCUUUCUCUCGUCACAGAUAAACAAGGGAUUAUCACAGGCAUCACAAUCCUGAAUAUAAACACUAAUGUGCAGUCAACUCUUCCAUGUACAAACCUUGUCAUUUCUGGCGGUGUUUGGUCUCCUCGUAUCUUCCAGAAUCUUUUCCCCUCAUCUGAUUUCUCGCUCCCCAUCUAUCCCUUGUCAGGGUACUCUCUGGUCCUCCGGUCACCACGUUACACUCUCGAACACGAACGACAGAUCCAGAGCCGCAGCCAUGCUUUCUUCACCACCCAACCUCCAUCCUGCGGCUUCAGCCCCGAGAUAUUUUCUCGUGAAGGUGGAGAAAUCUAUAUCGCGGGUCUUAAUAGCCGCGAGAUUCCCGUGCCAGAUCGUGUGGACGAUGUGCGCAAGUUCAUGGACAAGGAUGAAAUGGACAAGCUGAAGGCUGUGAUGGUUCGAUUGAUGGGAAAACUUCCUCAUGGCGUUACGGAAUCUACCGAUGAAUUGACCAAUAUUGAUGACCUAGAAAUUCUCCGGGAGGGAUUGUGUCACCGUCCUGUCACUGAACGCGGCGUCCCUUUGGUCACUCGGUUGGACGACAAGCUUCUGGGAGCUGGGCUGAAGACAGCUGCGAAGGGUGGUGUGUUCAUUGCAGCUGGACAUGGACCUUGGGGGAUUUCGUUGUCCUUGGGCACAGGCAAGGUGGUUGCGGAUAUGAUCCAAGGGCUGAAACCUGCAGUUGAUAUCAGUGGAUUGGGGAUUCAGAGCACAAUAGGCUCUAAGCUGUGAUCAGUCCCUGGUAAUUGCUCUUUGUAUAUAGAAUACGAUGUCUCCUUUUUUUUUAAUAUCAUAAUUCUGCGUUUGAUUUAGCUAAUGCAUCAUAGAACCCUAAAUAUAGCACUUGAGAGUUAUAUAUCAAAGAAUACAUAGUUGUUCAGCGAUAUCCAUGUUGUUGGAGCAGAGCCAUAGAAACCAAUUUGACAAAGAACAUCAAAAAAAGGCCUUAAAUUGUGGAUGAAAUCUUGUAACACUGAGU